AUGAUUACAAAGUACAUAAACGUAAAUUUUCUGACCACCUGCAAUGAAGUGAUUAAUCGUGAUUAUCAGGGAAAAGAUAUGCUUAUAAUUCAGAAAGUAUGUUCUCUCUUAACUUUAGUCUACGUCUUUGUGACUCUCUUCAUUGCCAACUCGAUGCAAUUAACGUACUUGUCCUGCGAUGGUCUACCAACUCCAACGAACGUGAAAAUUCAAGGAUGCGCCAUUUUGCCCUGCAAGCUGCAGAGAGGAACAUCUGUUGAGGCUAACAUCGACUUCGACGUUCUCGAAAAUUCGAAAUCAUUGAGACCGGUAGUAGACAUUGAGCUGGGAAAUGUUCACAUGGACUACCCAUUCCCUGAACAGAACGCUUGCAAAAAUCUGGCGACCGGACAAUGCCCACUGGAAAAAGGAGAACCCGUAAGCUAUUACUUGAAAAUGCCCAUUGAGAAGAGUUAUCCCAGAAUCAGUUUGACCAUCCAAUUCUCUCUGGUUGACGAACAUAACAAGUCUCAAGUGUGCAUCAGGAUCCCAGCUAAAGUUGUCGAUUAA